AUGGAAUGCUACGAGUGGCGAUAUCAUUCAAGGUGUUUGGUAAAGGAAAACAGUGAUGUUGCCUUUUUGGAUAGCACAGCUCUGGCCAACAUAAAUGCAUCAGAAACAGCCAAGUACAAACUGCUUUGUCCUGAUGGAACCCAGGCUGAGCUCAAGGACUUCAGAAAAUGUCAUCUUGGACGGGGACCUGGCAAUGCCAUUGCGACCAGACACAACUACAGGAAGAUCGCACGGAAAUUUCUUGCUGUUGCUCAGCAUCUCUUUGGGAGAAACGGGGAGCAGUCACAACGAUUCCAGUUAUUCAGCUCCGCCGGUUUCAACGGAAGAAACCUGAUGUUUCAAGAUGCCACUGAGAAGUUGCUGCUUCUUGCAGACGCUGCUGACAUCAGCCAAGUAUUGGGGUUAGACUACAUCGCUCUGCUGAAAGGACUAGGCCAUGGAGGUAACCCUGCUAUCUGUAUUGGCUGA